AUCUACUUCAUGAUGCAAGAUUAAGAGGAGCUUGAGUCAUGAACAGGAAGAUAGUUUCAACAGAGUUCACAGUGGAUGGAUUUCCCCUUGCUGCACAUCUCAAGCAUUUAACCAGAUUGGAUUGGAACAUACAACACUACUGUAGAACUGCAGUAAAGUAAAGCAAGAUGCUCACAGCAAAGUAUUUCAUUCGAUCCAUGGCUCCCCUCUAUUUGAGGGUAUCUAGCUCCAGCAGAAUGCUCUCCACUCCUGCCCCAAAACAGUUCGAGGACAUCCCAGGACCCAGGAGCUACCCUUUCAUAGGCACUGCCCUCGACUACAGGAAUGACAAGUACACAAUGAGCAAUGUCAUAAAGAAAAGAUUUGCUGAAUUCGGUCCUAUCUAUCGGGAGGCUAUAUUCCCUGGACUCCCUGAGCAGGUAGUGGUGUGUGAUCCACAAGACGUGGAGACAGUCUUCAGAAUGGAUGGAGAAUGGCCAAAGAGACCUGAGGGAGGAGAUAUAUUUAAGAAAAUCAUGAAGGAAGCUGGAAUCUCUACACCUGGAUUGUUUCUAUCACAAGGUGAGCAGUGGCACAAGAUGCGGUCUCCAAUGUCCAAGUUCAUCAUGGUCCCUAGGAAAGUGGCAGAGUACCACGAGGACUUCAACAACAUCACAUUGGACCUCAUCAAGAACAUAGAGAUGAAGAAGGACUCUCACUCGGCCCUACUUAGUGAUGUGCCCAGUCUACUCUUCAACUGGUCCUUUGAAUCUGUUGCUUUCUUUGCCUUUGGAAAGAGAUUUGAUACUCUCAACUUGAAUGGAGCUCCACCAGAGAGUCAAGAAUACAUCGCCACUGUUCGUAGGUUCUUUGUCAGCUUUACAGAGCUUCUGUUCUCGUUACCACUUUACAAAAUAUUUCCCACGAGAAAAUGGAAAAAUGUUAUCAGUGACCAAAUUUCAUUGCGAGACCAAUCUGCAAAGUAUAUUGACGAGAAGCUUGCUGAGAUUGCUGAGGAUGACAGGAGAGCCUUGGAGGCAGUCAGUGGUGAGGAGGAGGUCCCUGACAAAGUGGACUUCAUUACUUACAUGAUCCACUCGGGGAAAAUGAGUGUCGAAGAAGUGUCAGCAAACAUUAUGGAUAUUCUAAAUGCUGGAGUUGAAACAACCUCGUACACACUUGCUUGGGCUCUCUAUUCUCUGGCCAGCAAUCCCGAGGCUCAGGAGAAGCUUAGAAAUGAGAUACAGAGUGUUGUCGGCUUAGACAAGAUUGUCACUCCUGCUCACAUCAACCAGAUGAGCUAUCUCAGGAGCACCAUCAAAGAAACUCAAAGAUUGUACCCACUGGCCGGGAUGAAUCAGCGUGUGCUGGAGGAAGACGUUGUCUUAUCCGGAUACACAGUUCCAAAAGGGACUGAGGUCACUAUGCCGCAAGUUCUCAUUGGACGAAUGCCCGAGUUAUUCUCUGAGCCGGACAAGUUCUCACCAGAGAGGUGGAGUAAAGAGAACAAGGACUCACUGCCCAGCAUGUUCGCUCAACUACCCUUUGGGUUUGGUGCCAGAAUGUGUGUGGGUCGUCGGCUAGCUGAGCUAGAGCUCCACAUUGCCCUGGCUCACCUCAUCAGGGAGUACAAGGUGGACUCUCUUGACGAUAAGCCAAUGGGUUACAUCCAAAAUUUCGUGGUAAAGCCAGAAAGGCAGUUGGAUUUGACCUUCAAGAAACUUACAGGAAGACAGUUUCAGCAGAGUUCACUAGUGGAUGGAUUUCCCCUUGCUGCACAUCUCAAGCAUUUAAACGGAUUGGACACGACACAACAUUGUAAAGCUGUACUAUACUGUAGUAGUAAAAGCAAGAUGCUCACAGCAAAGUAUUUCAUUCGAUCCAUGGCUCCCCUCAAUUUGAGGGUGUCUAGCUCCAGCAGAAUGCUUUCCACUCCUGCCCCAAAACAGUUUGAGGACAUCCCAGGACCCAGGAGCUACCCUUUCAUAGGUACUGCCCUCGACUACAGGAAUGACAAGUACACAAUGAGCAAUGUCAUAAAGAAAAGAUUUGCUGAAUUCGGUCCUAUCUAUCGGGAGGCUAUAUUCCCUGGACUCCCUGAGCAGGUGAUGGUGUGUGAUCCACAAGACGUGGAGACAGUCUUCAGAAUGGAUGGAGAAUGGCCAAAGAGACCAGAGGGAGAAGAUAUAUUUCCUAAAAUCAUGAAGGAAGCUGGAAUCACUACAUUUGGAUUGUUUGUAUCACAAGGUGAGCAGUGGCACAAGAUGCGGUCUCCAAUGUCCAAGUUCAUCAUGGUCCCUAGGAAGGUGGCAGAGUAUCACGAGGACUUCAACAACAUCACAUUGGACCUCAUCAAGAACAUAGAGAUGAAGAAGGACUCUCACUCGGCCCUACUUAGUGAUGUGCCCAGUCUACUCUUCAACUGGUCCUUUGAAUCUGUUGCUUUCUUUGCCUUCGGGAAGAGAUUUGAUACUCUCAACUUGAAUGGAGCUCCACCAGAGAGUCAAGAAUACAUCGCCACCGUUGGUAGGUUCUUUGUCAGCUUUACAGAGCUUCUGUUCUCGUUGCCACUUUACAAAAUAUUUCCCACGAGAAAAUGGAAAAAUGUUAUCAGUGAUCAAAUUUCAUUGCGAGACCAAUCUGCAAAGUAUAUCGACGAGAAGCUUGCUGAGAUUGCUGAGGAUGACAAGAGAACCUUGGAGGCAGUCAGUGGUGAGGAGGAGGCCCCUGACAAAGUGGACUUCAUUACUUACCUCAUCCACUCGGGGAAGAUGAGUGUCGAAGAAGUGUCAGCAAACAUUAUGGAUAUUCUAAGUGCUGGAGUUGAAACAACCUCGUACACACUUGCUUGGGCUCUAUAUUCUCUGGCCAGCAAUCCCGAGGCUCAGGAGAAGCUUAGAAAUGAGAUACAGAGUGUUGUCGGCUCAGACAAGAUUGUCACUCCUGCUCACAUCAACCAGAUGAGCUAUCUCAGGAGCACCAUCAAAGAAACUCAAAGAUUGUACCCACUGGCUGGGAUGAAUCAGCGUGUGUUGGAGGAAGACGCUGUCUUAUCCGGAUACACAGUUCCAAAAGGGACUGAGGUCACUAUGCCGCAAAUUCUCAUUGGACGAAUGCCUGAGUUAUUCUCUGAGCCGGACAAGUUCUCACCAGAGAGGUGGAGUAAAGAGAACAAGGACUCACUGCCCAGCAUGUUCGCUCAACUACCCUUUGGGUUUGGUGCCAGAAUGUGUGUGGGUCGUCGGCUAGCUGAGCUAGAGCUCCACAUUGCCCUGGCUCACCUUGUCAGGGAGUACAAGAUGGACUUUCUCGACGAUAAACCUAUGGGAUACAUCCAAAAUUUCCUGGUAAAGCCAGAAAGGCAGUUGGAUUUGACCUUCAAGAAACUUUAAUGAAUAACAUUAAGUGGACCGUUUUAUUUUUUUAACCUUUACAUUUUUAUCUCUGAGCUACUUGGUAUGUUAGUGGAAUUAUGCUGACAGUAUAAUUAAUUUCUUUCACAUGA